CCACACUCAUCACAACAAACAACUACAGAGCCUUAAACAAACACUCCUACCUUCAAACCUAUUGAUUUGAAUUUCCCUUAUCAGAAUGUCUACCAACUUUCUCAGAAUCAAGGUCUCCGAGGACAAGGUGAAGCAGUUUAACCAGCAGGGCUGGAAACUCUGCUUCGCUACUGGUGUUCAGGCUGGAGGAAAGGUCAACUUUAACGUUGUUGCCUCAACCCACGCUAUUGCUCGUAAUAUUACCAUUCAGUGGACCAAUUCUUACGCCAUCGCUGCUAGCCAGGACGCGUUCAACAAUGGAGUGAUCUUUAACGCAUCUACGGAUACUGCUGAUAUUCAGUUUGGCCAGAGUUACACUCUGCCUGCCGACUGGACCAAUGGCAACAUCAACAGCGAUCCAAACGCGCCGAAAGGCGGUUUCCGCUUUAUCAACCAGACUAACGGCGCUGCUGCUGUCGUCUACAAAAGGAUCAAUGGCAAAUUUGCGCCCAUCUACUUCAGCGCAGCGGCUCCACUUCCCAAGGGAACUGAAGAUCUAACCCCCGUCGAGAAGGUAGCCGUCUGGUUCCAGGCCAACACUGAAACCGCUACCAUGAUCUCUGAGUUCGUUAGUGAACCCAAGCAGGUUGACAUGACCGGAAAGACUGAGGCACUGCUUGAUUAUAACGGCAACUGGACGCAGAAUUAAGCUGAGACAUGAGCGCAUCCACUGCUACACGAACUAUUAGAUGGACAUACCUAGCUAGUACUAUCAUCAUAGGCCAUUUUACCUUGCUGUCAAAAUGCAAUCUCAUGAAGACUUUAAA